AUGGGUCUUGAGGAGAUCCGCCCAACGUACGAACAAAGCCCUCGAUUAAAAAAAUGGCGCUAAAAUACGGAUACGUGCUAAAACCCUAGCCCUAACGUCUGUGCGGUCGAGCUUUGAAUUCCGCACAGAAAUGGCGGGGUCUUCAUUGGGCGAGGAGAUAGCGAAGAAAAUCCUGCGGCAGGUCGAAUUCUACUUCAGUGAUAGCAAUCUUCCCAGAGACGAUUUCCUUAGAAAAACUGUCAACGAGAGCAAAGAUGGAAUGGUGGGCUUGGCUCUCAUAUGUUCGUUCUCGCGCAUGCGAACUUAUCUGGGUUUGGGGAAAAAUUCCAAGGCAAGAGAUGUGCCUGAAGCUACAAUAAAGGCUGUGGCUGAAGUGCUGCAGAAUUCGAGUUGUCUGAGAAUUUCUGAAGAUGGGAAGAAGAUUGGCAGAAUCACUGACCUUGCAAAACCAGAGGAGGUUAUAGAGCAAGUGGAUCUAAGAACAAUUGCUGCCUCACCUUUUGAAUAUGACAUUAAGCUUGAAGAGGUGGAAUCUUUCUUUGGUCAAUAUGGCAAGGUUAAUAGUGUCAGGUUACCUUACCAUUCUGCAGACAAAAGGUGUUUUUGUGGCACUGCAUUGAUUGAGCUCUCGAUCGAGGGGGAUGCUGAAAAGGUUUUGAGGCAAAAAUUGGCUUAUGCUGGUGCUGACUUGGAACUAAAGCCAAAGAAGGAGUUUGAUGCUGAUAGAACAAAAAUGGCUGAGGACGCUGGUUCAAGCCAAGAGAACAAUAUGAGCGUGAAUUCAGAGUUAGUACUUCGACCCACUCUGAAUAGCUGUGGAUUGUCCCUCUUCCUCCUCUCACCUUAUUUGUCCCUUAUGCAUCUGUAUUCUGUAAAAAAAGCUAGUGAAGAGAGUGAGUGUACUAAAGAUUUUGUGGCUGAGGAGGCAAAGCCUGUUGGAAAUAAAGGCAAGGAGACAUGCAGACAAAUUGAAGAGAGUGAAGAUAAUGUCUCUGAUAGUGUUGUUGAUGGUGAAGAAGACCAUGUGAAGAAUAUGGAGGAUGAAACUUAUGAAAAAGCUGGAGAGAAAAUCACUGAAAGCAGUGAGAAGAAGGAUUCUGAUGAUGCCACCCAUGAGAAUGGUGAAAAAUCUUUUGGAGGAGUUUGUCAAGAGAGUAAGAAAACAAGUGGUGAAAUAACAGCUGCUGUUCAGAGAGGGAAUGAGAACAUUAUUUUGCGUGAGGACCUAAAAAAAUUAUUUCAAAGAUUUGGAGCUGUCAAGUACGUUGACUACACUGUGGGAGUAGAUUCAGGUUACGUGCGUUUUGAAGAACCAGAAGCUGCUAUUAAGGCGCGUGCUGCGGCAGAAUUUGUAAGAGAAGGCGGUCUGCCUGUUAAAACAUUCAUUGCCUCUGUAGAAGCAGUUGCUGGCAAGGCUGAACGAGAAUAUUGGAAACAUAUCUGUGGUAAUCGAGAAAGAUCUUAUGAAAAUAAAGGUGCUCGGGGAUGGGGAGGUGGACCGAAUAGGGAUGGAAGACACUUUGAAGGAAAACGCCAUCGCUCCAAAGAAAAUGAUCCUAUGAUUGGGAGGCCAAACAAAACUCAGAAGAUUGAAAUGGCUUGAAGAGUAACUAAAGACAUUAUCCUGUUCAAGGUUUCAUUUGUCCUGAGAACUUAUUGUUGUGGUUAGAUGUGGUUGUACAUUGUAUAUAAAUACUCAUCCUACAAUUGUUAUCAUAAAUUUCGGGUCUUGAAUUUGAAUUUGGAUGGAUUUGGACAAAAUUUAAUGCAAUUUUGUGUUGCAUCUUUUCAAAAUCCACACAAAUUCAAAUCCAAGACCCUAAGUUAAAUUUACUACUUGUAAAAGCUGCAAAUUUUGUCUCCAUCUCGUUUGUGUAGAUUGCAUUAGCAUGUCUAACUUUCCUUUGUUCA